AUGAAUUCAAAAAUUAAAGGAAUAACGGAUGAUAUAACAUCAAUUCCACCAGAAGAACAAAGAUAUUACGCAUUAAAUGCAUUUCCUAAAGUUUUGAAGAUUGGAAGAUUUAAUUUAAAUGAGGAAUUCAUAAAAGGUUUCCUAAAUGACAUAAUGAAGAAAGCAGAUAAGGAAUAUGUUAACGAUGAGUUAGCAAAGAAAGCAGAUAUAUCAUUUGUUAACGAUGAGUUAGCAAAGAAAGCAGAUAAAACUUAUGUUAACGAUGAGUUAGCAAAGAAAGCAGAUAUAUCAUUUGUUAACGAUGAGUUAGCAAAGAAGGCAGAUAAGGAAUAUGUUAACGAUGAGUUAGCAAAGAAGGCAGAUAAGGAAUAUGUUAAUGAAAAAGAUAAUGAAAUUAUAGAAAGGGUUGAAUGGUAUCAUGAACGGACAUCGAAGAUUCUUAAAACUAAAGCUGAUACAGGAUGGGUUUCAGAAUGUUUAGACCUUAAAGCAGAUAUAUCAUUUGUUAACGAUGAGUUAGGGAAGAAAGCAGAUAAGGAAUAUGUUAACGAUGAGUUAGCAAAGAAAGCAGAUAAGGAAUAUGUUAACGAUGAGUUAGCAAAGAAGGCAGAUAAGGAAUAUGUUAACGAUGAGUUAGCAAAGAAAGCAGAUAUAUCAUUUGUUAACGAAAUAUACCAAAGUUUAGUUGGAACAAAAAAUAUUGAAACUAUUGUUGGCGACUUUUCUGUCAAUGAAGAAAACAAAUAUUUUAGAUGGGAGUUUGUACAGUCCUUAAGAAAUGGUAUACGGUAUAAACUCAUUCCGAAAAAUAACAAUGAAAUGUAUGUAGGCUAUAUAAAGAAUAAUGGCACACAAGUUAAAGUUCCAUUAGACAACAACUGCUACUUAAACUUAUAUGGAGACGAACAAAAGAAAUAUUUAAGAGUUUAUGAAAUGACGGAUAUGACAUUGUCUAACGUAGCUCCAGCACCGUAUUAUUAUGACUAUGGUGUUGACGCACAU